AUGGAGAUCGUGCGCUCCCAUCGGCAGGUCGCCGCCGCAGCUGCCGCAGCCGGCGGCGGCGGUGGCGCGGGGGCCCUGCCUACCUACAAGGCGGCACCGCAGCUCGAGGUGCGGCUGGAGGAGUUUGAGCUCUUUGCCAUCGACCGCCUCCGAGUUCUCAAGGGGAUUUCGGAUGGACUUUCGCGGGGGAAGAGGCCCGAGGAGAUGGAGAAACUGGUCAGUGAAUUGUGGAAGACACACAUGAGGCACCAGGAUCCAGCAGAGACUUUGAACAAGGAUAUAAUAUCACACUUUGUGCUUCGCCUAGUCUACUGCAGAACGGAAGAAUUGCGAAAGUGGUUUCUCUCCAUGGAGACUACACUUUUUCGGUAUCGCUUUCGGCUUGAGAGUCCUGAAUCACAGAGGAUGCUUAUGACUGAGUUUCAACUGCCAUACAAAGCACUGCCACACUCAGAGUUUGAGGCUGUGAAAGACAAGUUGAGCCAAGUAGCGCGUUCCAUCGGUCAAUCUGCAAAUGUUGAGCAUGUGUUCUUCAAGGUACCUUUUGAAGAAGUUCCUGAUCUUGUUGCCAGCCGCCGGGUAUUUCUUUCAAAAGGCUAUGCUUAUGUGGCGAUGAGCCAGGUGGUUUCGCUAGUGGUUACUCAAUUCCGCUGCAAUAUCUCAAAGGCACUUGCUUUAACAAACAGAAAAUGGACAGCAACCAUUAAAGAACAAGAAAAAGACAGGUUGACUCCUAUUGUCGAAGCAUUAAGCAAUGCGUAUUUUGGACCUGAUUACUCUCAGCCAAAGGAUGCUGUUGACAUAUCUCUAAAGGAUAUUGACCAACUGGCUAAAAGUUCUUUCCCUCUUUGUAUGCGGCAUAUGCUAGAUAAGUUGAGAGAAAACCACCAUCUGAAGCAUGGGGGUAGAAUGCAGUUUGGUCUUUUUCUUAAGGGUGCUGGACUAAAGUUGGAAGAUGCUCUUGCAUUUUGGAGGGCGGAAUUUUCUCAGAAGAUUGGUUCUGAGCGGUUCGACAAGGAAUAUGCCUAUACCAUCAGACAUAACUACGGAAAAGAAGGAAAACGGACAGAUUACACUCCAUAUUCAUGUCAAAAGAUCAUUUCUGCAACACCUGGUGUUGGAGAUCACCAUGGAUGCCCGUUUCGACAUUUUGGCGAAGAAAAUUUGCGGGCAGCACUUAACAAAAUGGGCGUUGGUGGGCAUGCAUUGGAAGAGAUAAUGGAUAAAGUGAAGAACAGGCAUUACCAGCUAGCUUGCACAUUAACCUUUGAGACCACACACGGUGUCUCCUGUGAUUCUGGAAUUAACCAUCCAAAUCAAUAUUUCAGUGAAAGCCAGAAAGUUCUGCGAGCCAAAAACCAAACAAUGGAGAGCCAAUCACAAUCAGCAACCUAA